AUGCACAUACCUCUAUUUUGUAGAAUUCUUUCUGGUGUUGAAGCAUACGAUCCCUACUUGGUCCAAAAAAAAGAUGCAGUAGGGAUCCCCAGUUUAUCAUCUCUUCAAAAGGUAAUUGCUGGAUAUAGAAUUCUUGCUUAUGGAGUUCCAGUAGAUUUUCUGGAUGACCACAUACGCAUAGGUAAAAGCACUUCUAUUGAGAGCCUACGUCAUUUUGUGAAAGCAAUUGUUGCCCUUUACGCUGAAAAAUAUUUAAGAGCACCAAAUGAAGAUGAUUUGUCUCAAUUGCUCCAAGUCAACGAGCAACGUGGAUUUCCUGGAAUGCUUGGAAGUAUCGAUUGCAUGCACUGUGGAUGGAAAAAUUGUCCAUCCGCAUGGCAAGGUAUGUACUCUGGUCAUUAUCGUAAACCGACUAUUAUAUUGGAGGCGUUUGCUUCACAAGAUCUUUGGAUAUGGCAUGCCUUCUUUGGAAUGCCAGGCUCGCUCAAUGAUAUUAAUGUUUUAGAAAGAUCUCAUGUCUUCUCAGCAUUGACCAGUGUUCUUGCACCUCCGGUCAAUUUUAUUGUCAAUGGACAUAAUUAUCAUAUGGGCUAUUAUCUAGCAGAUGGUAUUUACCCUUCAUAG